AUGAGAGACAAAUUAGGAGGUGAUGAUGAGCCUUACUAUGAUAGUUCAGAUCCAGAUAGCUUUGAAUCUGAAUCAGAUCUGGAAGGGGAGGGUGAUCCUGUAUCUGAUGAUGAUGUAGAUGGGGAAGAUAAUAUGGGACAGUUAAGGGGAAGGAAAAAAACAAAUAGAGUGGUGUAUGAUCCUUCUACCAAAAUUGUUACUUGGCAACUGGGGAUGGUAUUUGAGAAUGUGAAGGAAUUUAGAGAAGCAGUUACCAAGUAUGCUAUAAAGAAAGGUAUCCAGCUAGUUAAGGAUCCCAAUGAGCCAUAUAGGGUCAGAGUUAAAUUCAAAACUGGUUGUCCUUGGUUGUUGUUUGCUAGCAAGGAAGGUAGGAGUACAAACUUCACAAUCAAGACUUAUAAUCCAAGACACAAAUGUCAUAAAACCACUUACAACUAUCUGUGUAAUUCAAAAUAUGUGGCAAAGCAGUUCAAAGAUAGAAUUACCUCACAACCUAGAAUUAAAGGUUGGAAAAUUCAGGAUAUGGUGAGAAAAAAGCUUGGUUUAUAUGUUGGUAAGACUGUUUGUUUGAAGGCCAAAAAACUUGUGUUGAAAGAAAUUAUGGGGGAUCAUGUUGCUGAGUUUGGUAGGAUUCUAGACUAUAGGGAUAUGCUACUCAAAACAAAUCAUGGUAGCACAUGUGCAGUAAAAUUGACAGACACAGAUGAUGGGCAGAAGCAGCUUUCCAGUUUCUACAUUUGUUUUGCAGCUAUGAAGCAGGGGUUUAUGGAGGGUUGUAGGAGAUGUAUAGGGUUAGAUGGAUAUUUUUUAAAGGGCGUUUGUAAAGGGCAACUGUUGGCAGCAGUAGCAAAGGAUGAGAAUAACCAAAUGUUCCCAAUAGCUUGGGCUGUUGUAGGCACUGAAAAAAAGCAAACAUGGAGUUGGUUCCUCAAGUUAUUGCAAACUGAUUUGAACUUGGGAGAUGGCAGGGAACUCACCAUGAUAAGUCUAUGUUCAGCUGUUGAAGAGAUUUUACCUGAGCGUGAGCACAGAAUGUGUUCUAGACACAUUCUGGCAAACUGGGCAAUAAAAUGGAGAGGGAUUGAAAGAAGAAAAAGAUUCUGGAGUGUUGUUAGAUCAAUAUUUGAGUCUGAAAUGAAAAUAAAGCUAGAUGAUCUUGAUAAAUUGGGUCAUAACAUUUAUGAAGACCUAGUUAAAUACAACAAAGCAAGAUGGUGCAAAGCAUUCUUCCAAACAUUCUCCAAAUGUGACAGUGUUGACAAUAACAUGUGUGAAAGCUUCAAUGCUUGGAUAUUGGGCCCUAGACACAAGACAAUCAUAUCAAUGCUAGAGGAAAUAAGGGUCAAAGUUAUGAGUAGGAUAGCAAAGAUGAGAGAUUUUGCCGAAACUUGGCAGGAUGGUGUAUCUCCAAUGACCAUGAUGGUGUUUAAUACUAAUGUUGAGAGGUCAAUGAGGGUUGACUUCAUGUUUAAUGGAGAUACAGGCUUUGAACUCAAAGAUGGUCCAUGCAAGUUCAUUGUAGAUUUAAGAACAGGCUACUGCAGUUGCAUGUCUUGGGAAAUGAAAGGCACUCCAUGUCCACAUGCUAUAACAACAAUGCACUUCAAGAGACUUGAUCCUUCAGAGAAUAUUAUACAUUGGUACAUGAAAGAGACCUACAUGAAGGCAUAUUCACACUUCAUACAACCAGUUCCCAACAUGAAAAUGUCUCCAGAAAGUAGUAACCCCAAGCAUAGUUUGCCUACAGCCAGAAAGGUUUAUACUGGCCCUUUAAUUGAUUCUACCCAUGUUACUGGUGAUAUUGGAUAUAAGCCUUCUAAAGGUUUGAAAUGGAAAGGGAAGGAAGCUGUGACUCAAAGACAACUUCAAGUCUAA